CUAAACUUCGGUGUAAAGGCGCUGCCAGCGCAAGUAUCGGUUUCUAUUACCAAACAACUUUAGUUUACAAUGUUUUCACAUAAAUUGCAAGCACUGAAUUACCCGAAUAGGGCUUGUUUUAAUGCACAAGAUAAUUCUGAUCUCCGGGAACUUGUCAUAUGGCUGGAACAAAUGAAGAUUCGGCAGUAUAAACCAGAAGAUCGUGGAGUGUUGCUAAAUACGCCGCUACCUCAAUGGCUUGAAGUAUACGCUGGUUAUCUACGGGACGCAGAGUGUCCAUUCAAAGAAGAUGAACUUACAGAGUGCGUCGAUUGGUUGCUGGGUCAUGCCGUGAGAUUGGAAUAUGCUGACGAUGUAACGAAAUAUUCUGAGAAUUCCGCAGAAAAUGUGCAGCAACGCUGGAAACAUGACGACGAAAAUCCGCUCGACAAACUCAAUUAUUGUAGUGCGGAGUUCAAAGAAGGGGUCAAUAAACUGGCAGAUCUGCUAAACAUCCAGGCACAUCCUACAGACGCCCGCAUCACUUUUAGGGCAGUAUCCAAAUAUGCCGAGAAAUAUUUGUUGAACGCGCAAAAGGGUCCCAAAAAGGAAGGCGAACCGACGCCAUUGCACAACGUCGACCUUGGCUUCGAUUUAAAAGACAACGGUGCGAACCAGGCAGCGCGAGUGCUCCGACUUCUAUUUGUCCAGGAUAUUCGAGAACUGCAGACAAGAAUUAAUGAAGCAAUUGUCGCCGUGCAGAAAAUUACCGCGAAUCCCAAAACGGAUACCUCACUCGGAAAGGUCGGACGAUGAAGUUAAAACGUGAUUGGUUUGAAAAGGUUGACAUUUCGCAGCCAAACUCUACUAGAACCAAACAUCUGAGGAGUGGACUUGAAUUAAACACUACAAGAAUUCAUUUCAAUAAGACCUUUGCUUUCAUUAUAUGUCAUGAAAUAUCUUAUAUUAUUUAGUAAAAUUAUGACCAAGGCAUUCUUUCCGUAGAGAUAAACGAAGCAGGGACAUCUAUGCUCGAAUAAAGGGUACACAAUUUUUC